AUGGGCAACACAUUAAGAGCAAUUAUAGCCUUUCUCCCAUUUGAUGAAUGCCAGAAGUACAUCCUGGGAGACCUUGAAGAGAUGCCAAUUGAUAAAAUGUUGGAUCUGAGUGGCAGGCAAGUGAGACGGUUUCCUGUGUGUGUUUGCUCUUUCAGGGAGCUGGUCAAGCUGUACUUGAGCAACAACAAUCUGAAUCAUCUGCCCCCUGAGUUAGAACAGUUGCAGAACCUUCAGAUCCUGGCACUGGAUUUCAACGAUUUCCACACACUACCCCAAGUGGUGUGCACCUUGAAAGAGCUCUGUAUCCUUUAUCUGGGCAAUAACAAACUGCGAGACCUACCUGCAGAGAUGCAUCAGCUCCAGAGCCUCAAGACUUUAUGGAUUGAAUCCAAUUGCCUGUACCACCUGCCCAAUGCGGUGUGUGAGCUGAAGCAACUCAAGACGUUGCAUGCUGGAUCCAAUGCAUUGCGCUCUCUGCCUGGACAGCUACAGUAUCUGAAGGAAUUGCGUACUAUCUGGCUCUCCAGCAACUUACUGGCCGACUUCCCACCAGUGCUUUUGCACAUGCCUUUCCUGGAAGUGAUUGAUGUGGAUUGCAAUGCCAUUCAUGAUUUUCCCAGUCUCAUCCACCUGAAUGGUUUGAAAUUGGUGAUCUAUGACCACAACCCCUGUAGAAAUGCACCCAAGGUGGCUAAGGGGGUGCACAGAGUUGGGAGGUGGUCAGAGGAGAGCCCCGAGCCUAGGAAGCGAUCUGGGAUGGACAAGGACAAAGAAAUAGAAGACAUCAACUCCCUGCUGCCUCUCCCUCCUCCUCUCUCCUGCAAAACGUCCAAUUAA